AAGUUGAAUGGCAACAAUGGUCAGUUGCUAAGUCCACACGAGGUUGGCAGGAGUGUACGUGCGCGUUCCCAGCUCUCUAGUGUCGUAGUUUCACCAAAAAUUGAAUUAAAAGUGCGAAAAAAUGGUGUGAAUUCACAAUUUCCCGCAUUUGAACAAGGGAUGAAGGUGAAGUGCGUAUUAUGUGGGUGAUAUCACGGGUGGCGUAUGCAACGUAAACGUAAUAAUAUGUUAGCGCGGACUUGGACACACGUCACCAGUUGAUGUUAUGCAGAUUCUUAAUUGAAGCCAAUCACAGAACAAGCCGCCAGCAUGAAGUGCGGAGGCCGCUUCAUCACGAAACUCCUCAUCCAGCUGAUGGCCGUCGGCAUAAUCAUCUUCACCAUCAUCCAAUUCCGCCCCAUCAAGCUCGACAUGACCGUCCCCCACCUCAACAGCCGCUUCCUCCUCCAGAAGCGGCUCGACCCCCUCACCCGCCACGCCGACUCCACGACCGAAAGCAACGACCUUGAGCCGUUCGUCGACAAGAGCCCAUCCCUGUCCGAGGACAAGCUGGUCGAGGACAUCCAGAAGCGCAUGCCCAACCUCCCCAUCGUCUACUGGAACAAGAACAAGAACAAGCCGAUGGGCAUGAACCACUCCUGCGCCCGCUUCCCCAGCAUGUUCGACCUGGAAUUCAACAACCUCUACUGGCAGACGCUGCGCACCUCCAACGGCACGUUCCAGCUCUUCGGCGCCUAUUUGGACAAAAGGGCCAACAAUAGGCUGGGCCCCACUGUGCGCAUCCUGGGCAUGAUCGACAGGAUCGAACCCACGGUGGUGACCUAUUGCCAGUUUUGGUUCGACGGGAAAAAGGAACCAGUGGUGGCGAAGUCGUUCGAGUACAAGUACAUUUGGUACAAGAAGUGGGGGAACUACAAGCAGGGGAUUUACCAGCCGUAUUUGACAGCGUGUGUCAUCCCCCAACACUAUAGGGACAAAAUCCCCCAAAGUAUAUCACUAGUGGAGAAGGCUUGUGACAACUCAACUAAUAAUCUGAGAGUGAUUUUUGAAAAACCAACACAGAAAAAAGACUUUGCUGUGUGUGUCAAAGGUUUGGACUUCCUCCAUGAGGACUUGUCCGUGCGUUUGAUCGAAUGGAUCGAACUUUUGAACCUUCUAGGUGCCGAUAAAGUGUUCUUUUACGAACUCCAGGUGCACCCUAACAUUAGCAAAGUGCUGCGACAUUACGAGCAAGAGGGCAAAGUGCACGUCACCCCCAUUAACCUAGCCGGGGGGCAACCCAACGCCCCCUCCUUCCAGCACUUGUACCUCACCAAGAAGACCAACCACAAGCGCCAGAACGAGCUGAUCCCUUACAACGACUGCUUCUACAAGCACAUGUACGAGUACAAGUACAUCGCCCUUUUGGACAUCGACGAGGUGAUCAUGCCUCUGGAGGGCACCACCUGGAAGGGCCUCAUGGACAAGGUCCUGCCCAAGGCCCUCAAGAUCAACAAGGAGGAAAGGGCGUCUUACAACGUCCGCAACGUCUACUUCCUGGACGAUCUACUCCACAACCACGGCUGGUUCAAGGAGAUCCCCAAGUACAUGCACAUGCUGCAGCACGUCUACCGGGCCAAGAACUUCACCAAGCCCGGACAGUACGUCAAGUGUUUCCACAAUACGGAAAAAGUGCUAACUUUGCACAACCAUUUCCCGCUCUCGUGUCUGGGAAGUGGGUGUACGUCGUAUCCCAUUGAGACAAGUGACGCUCAACUGCACCAUUACCGCGCCGACUGCGUCAAAACGCUGAAGAAGAGCUGCGAGGAGUACAGGAAGACGAGUGUGAUGGACACCACCAUUUGGAAGUUUAAGCAGCCGUUGGUGGGGCGUGUGACGGCCACUUUGCGGACUUUGGGAUAUUUUGCCAAUCAGGAGAAGGACAGUAAGCGGUGAUGAUUGCGUGCUCAAUUUACAAGUUCCAGAAAAUUGUGAUAAAUUGUUGGAUGCCAUGGAGGUUUUUUGCUCAAUUUGGUUGCGUUUUGCGUAGGUUAAGGCAUCGCUCGAGUGUAUAUAGAUGAGGCGAGUUUGCAUUGUGCCUUUAGGUAAUAGAUGUAAGGAUUAACUAUUUAUUCUAUGUAAGUUAUUUAUAAACGCAUUAAGAGGAAUAAAACGAUUUUCGAAUUA